AUGGAACUGAAAGGUGGCACAGAAUUGGAAGAUGUGAUGGAGCUGGAAGGUGGCACAGAGCUGAAAGGUGUGAUGGAGCUGAAAGGUGGCACAGAGCUGAAAGGUGGCACAGAGCUGAAAGGUGUGAUGGAGCUGAAAGGUGGCACAGAGCUGGAAGGUGGCACAGAGCUGAAAGGUGGCACAGAGCUGAAAGGUGUGAUGGAGCUGAAAGGUGUGAUGGAGCUAGAAGGUGUGAUGGAGCUAGAAGGUGUGAUGGAGCCCCAGGAGAGGCUGCAAAACCCGGCACAACGCCAUUGUGCUUGGCUCUGCAACAAAUGGCCAGAGGCAAAGCUGGCCUGGGACAAACUAGCUGUGGAACUUGGUGCUCUGUGUGCUCGGGAGGUGGUGCCGGGCUCCUUUGAUGCCCGGGGUGGAGAUGAAGCAUCUCCCCCGGGGCAGAGCUGGGGACAGGAACAGCGCCACAUCCCACAGCCCUGCCCUUCCUCUCUGCCGGCUGGGAACAACUGUUCACAGUUCCUGGAAGCUGUGGGGCUGCAGGUGGAGAGGGAGCUGAAGGUGUUUGGUCCAAGGCUGGACUCGAUGAUCCUGGAGCUCUUUUCCAGCAGUAGGAAUCCUGGUGGGCAGGCCCUGGCACAGGGAAGCAAACUGCUGAUUUUGGUGCUUUGCUUGAACAUCCCGUCAGAAGUGGAGUCCUGCCCCGGGGCAUGUGUAUGCUACAGUGAGCCCAAGAUCACCAUCAGCUGCCAGCAGCAGGGGCUGACAGCCAUCCCCACCGAGAUUCCCAUCCAGAGCCAGCGCAUCUUCCUGCACAACAACAGGAUAACCCUGGUGAGGGCGACCAGCUUCACCUCCUGCCGCAACAUGACCAUCCUGUGGAUCCACUCCAACAACAUCAGCCUCAUUGAGCCCGGAGCCUUCUACGGGCUCACCAAACUGGAGGAGCUGGACCUCAGUGACAACACGAACCUGAAAUCCAUCAACCCCAUCACCUUCCGGGGGCUUGUGCACCUCCACACCCUGCACCUUGAUCGCUGUGGGCUCCUGGAGCUCUCCACGGGGCUUUUCCGAGGGUUGUUCUCCUUGCAGUACCUCUACCUUCAGGAUAAUAACCUCCAGGUCCUGCUGGACGACACCUUCAUUGACCUGGCGAACCUCACGUACCUGUUUUUGCACGGGAACAAAAUCAAGAGCUUGUCGGAGAACGUCUUCCGUGGGCUGAUCAACCUGGACCGGCUGCUGCUGCACCAGAACAGGGUGAGCCUGGUGCACCGGCGCGCGUUCCACGACCUGGGGAAGGUGAUGACCUUGUACCUGUUCAACAACAACCUGACCGUGCUCACGGGGGACACCAUGGCCCCCCUGGUGUCCCUGCAGUACCUGCGCCUCAAUGGCAACCAGUGGAUCUGCGACUGCCAGGCCCGCUCGCUCUGGAAUUGGUUCAAGCAGUUCAAGGGCUCCUCCUCAGAGCUGGAGUGUCACCUGCCCCCUCGCCUGGCAGGGCGGGACCUUAAGCGGCUGCAGAGCUCCGACCUGGACAGCUGCGUGGACUCCUUCAACCAGAUCCGCACCAGUGUUUUUAGCACCAAAACCAGGUCGGGGAAGCUCCCGACGGGGCUGCCCCCGCUGGGCUCCCACGAUGGCUCCUCCAAGUGUUGCCAGCCGGAGAUGGACAAGUCUUUUAUUUACGAGGCUAAGGGCAAGGUAGGGCCCUCCUCUCACAGCAGCCGCUCAUCCAACAACCACCUCAAGGAGAAGGAGAACAUGUCCAGGCCCAAGUACAUGGAGACAGACCCUUCCAAAAAUGGCAGCAACAAGCAGAUAAAUGAUUCCCCCUUUGGGACCUUCCCCAGCAUUGUAGACCCUCCUUUGACCAAGUUGAGACCUGAAUUUCUAGAGCCCAUUGAACCUUCCACAGUCCCAACCAAAAAGAGGCAGGGCUGCUCUAAAAAGAACAGAUCAAAGGCCCAGUGCCGCCUCACCCAGCAGGGGAACAGCUCCACGUUACAGCUCAGCCUAAGCCUUUUGAUCCCCCCCUUGGUGUGGAGCUUACUGUUAUUCUGCUAA